GCGCUCCACGAUGAUGCUGCAGCUCGUGCUCCUCGCCGCGCUCGCCCUGUGCGGGCGCUGCUCCGAGCUGGAUCUCGAUGGCAUGCAGCGGGUGGUCGGCGGCACCGAGGCGCGCUCGCACGCCUGGCCCUACCAGAUCUCCCUGCAGUAUUACUCCAACGGCGGCUGGCACCACACCUGCGGGGGCUCCCUCAUCCAGAGGAACUGGGUGAUGACCGCCGCCCACUGCGUCAACAAACAAUUGCAGUACCGUGUGGUGGCCGGCGAGCACAACCUCAACGUCAACGAGGGCAGCGAGCAGGUCUUCAGCGUCAGCAAGAUCGUCGUCCACCCCUACUGGAAUAGCAACAACGUGGGCGCAGGCUACGACAUCGCCCUGUUCCGCCUGAGCAGCUACGCCACCCUGAACAGCGCCGUGCAGCUGGCGGUGCUGCCCCAGGAGGGCACCGUCCUGCCCAACAACUACCCCUGCGUCAUCACGGGCUGGGGCCUGACCCGCAGCAACGGGCAGCUGUCCAGCGUCCUGCUCCAGGCCUCCCUGCCCGUCGUGGACUACCAGAUCUGCUCCAGCGCGUCCUACUGGGGCUCCCUGGUCAAGAACACCAUGGUGUGCGCCGGCGGCGACGGCGUGCGCUCCGGCUGCCAGGGCGAUUCCGGCGGGCCGCUGCACUGCGCCGUCAACGGGCAGUACCAGGUGCACGGCGUCACCAGCUUCGUGUCCAGCCAGGGCUGCAACGUGCUCCGCAAACCCACCGUGUUCACCCGCGUCUCCGCCUACGUCUCCUGGAUCAAAAGCGUGGUCGCCCAGAACUGAGCCCGGCCGGACAAGCGCUCGCUGCCCCUGGCCCGUGGCCAUGCCCUGACCGUCCCCCGCCGCGCUCCGGGCUCCUCGCACCCGAGCCGGCCUCAAUAAAAUCUCUCCUCCCGUC